CUUCCCCAAUCGUCAGCUUUGCCGCCGUCGCCCAUCGCUGCCGACAGUUCCCGCCACCCGCUCCAACGUUCCGACCGUCGCAUCAGAUCCCCGGCAUCCUGGCCUCGGCUGGAUACCCGACCGUUGCUGUCUCGCCGCGGUGGCCCUCACGCCGAGUGAGCAGCUACCGCAACACCAGCAACACCCCGCCCCCCAGGCCGGCACGAUGAACAAUCGCGGGCAUCUGCCGGCUGGGCAGCAGGUGCAAGGGGGAGGUGCCGACAUGGGCCCCGUGCCCGCCGGAGGCCCUCCUCCUCGCCGCGGCGGCCGGCAGCACUACCCGCCCGUCCACGGCUACCACCAUGGCCACCACGGUCACCACGGCCACCACCCCCAGCAUGUCGGCCAGCCCAUGUACGCCGCCGGCUACAUGCCCGCCCCGUAUGUUCCGCCCGCCUACUACGUCCCCCAGCCGUACCAGAACGGCGCCAUCCCCGCCCCGGCCGGUUACAUGCCGUAUCCCAACCCCGGCUACGUCCGGUCACCGCCCGCCAUGCAACACUAUGUGCCUCUGCCGCAGAGCUACGGUCGGCCGCCCCAGCACUCCCCGAUUGUGUCCUCACCCUACCAUCCUCCCCCGCCGGCAGCACCGGCCGUCGUCCCACCCCUCCCGCAUACACCAUCUUCGACACACUCUCAUGCAGUUCCUCCACCCAUGACUCCCCCGGUUCACCAGGUGCACGAGGUUCUUCCAGCCCAGGUGCCCGUGCAGCAGCUACCUCAGCAACCAGAAUCCCAAAUCGACCCCCAAGCUGGAUCGCAACCAAAGCAGCAAACAGAAGUCCCGCCUCCGCAACCUUCGCCUGAUGCGCUGAUCGAACCGUCGUCGACUAGUCCUAUUCCAGCCCGCAAAUCUCAAUUCAGACCACCGCUUCCUUGGACUCUUGACUGGCCGUUUCCCCCGCGAGCCACGAGGCUGCGGAGGCGGAGAAGGGCUCUCGGUUCCGGUGCUGAGCGACUGGAGUUGCCCGAGAAACCCACACCGGCAACGGGCACCCCUCCUGAGACCCACCCGGAUGUCUCUGCCCAGAACAAGGAAGGCCAGGAGUCGGUUGACGUCGAGGAACAAGCCCCGAGCACUAAACCGGAAACGGGGCCCGAGACUGAGGCCUCCCCUCCCCAAUCUGAGACCCCAUCGACACAAGCACAGCGUUCCGAAGCUGCCGCCUCCACUUCCCCAACAUCGCCAAGCUCGACGCAACCGCCCCAGGCUCCAGACGCUGUCCCAGGCACGCCGACGAACAUGGCGAAGCCGGCGACACGAUCGGCCGUACCUGCCGUCCCUGCGGUCCCAGUGGUUCCGGCUCUGCCGAAAGCCAGCCCCAAAGAGGCCAAGCCUGCAGCCGCCACUGUGAAGAGUUCCGCCGACGCCGAACCCGCCGUCGCCGCAUCUGGCGAUGAGCAAGCCGCUAAGCCCGCCAAAGCGGCCGAGAAUGUGAAUGGGACCGCCGAGGCGAAGACGCCUGAGGCGGCCCAACCAGCAGCUGCUCCGGCCAAGCCCAGGCUGUGGGCGGGUCUGUUCUCCAAGCCGAGCGCGUCGGCCGCCAGCACGAGCUCUGGUGCCGCUGUUUCACAAACCCAAACGAACGGCGACGCAGCCAUUGGGCGGAGUGUGGUGCCCUCCGCCGGCAGCUUCGCGAAGGCCAACGCCAGCUCGCUCGCCCAUGCUCUUCAGGCCUACCGUCCAAGUGCGCCGGAGAAGCUCGCCUUUUUGGAACCGAGAGGGCUGGUGAACACGGGCAACAUGUGCUAUAUGAAUUCGGUGUUACAAGUUCUCAUCUUCUGUAUUCCUUUCUAUGACUUCUUGGAUCAAGUCAACAAGAACGCCGCCCACAGCUUCAAGAGCGAGACGCCCUUGGUGGAUGCCAUGGUCAUGUUCAUGCGCGAAUUCAAAGUGAUUGACUCGGCUCCGUCGGUGGCCCAGCUCAAGAAGCGCCUCAAGAGCGAAGACUACGAGAAGUAUGGGGAGCCGUUCACCCCUGAGUUUGUCUACGAUGCCAUCCGGACGCUUCCACGCUUUGCGAGCAUGAGGCGCGGCCAUCAGCAAGACGCCCAGGAGUUCCUCGGGUUCCUCCUCGAGGGCCUCCAUGACGAGUGUGCGCAGGUGAUGCGUGCUGCUCCCGCGUCGACCGCUUCGACCGCUCCGAGUUCGUCCCUGCCUUCCCCGACGUCUUCCCGAGCGAAUGACCCGCUGGAGGGUGGCGACGACUGGCUCGAGGUGGGACCCCGCCAGCGUUCGGCGGUGACGCGGUCGUCGGGCCAUUCCCAUACCCCGUCGCCCGUCACCAAGAUCUUCGGAGGGCAGCUCCGUUCCGAACUGCGGGUGCCGGGCAACAAGAACUCGGUCACGCUGGAGCCGUACCAGCCGCUGCAGCUCGACAUCGGCUCCCCCGAGAUCCGCAACAUCAUCGAUGCGCUGAAGGGCCUCACGCGGCCCGAGGUGCUCCACGGCGACUUCAACUCACCGCAUGGCAAGGACGUCCGGGCGACCAAGCAGGUCUUUAUCGAGUCCGUGCCGCCGGUGCUGAUCCUGCACCUGAAGCGCUUCCAGUUCGACGCCGAGGGCUACGGCGGCACCGUCAAGAUCUGGAAGAAGGUCGGAUAUCCGCUGGAGUUCGAGUUCCCGCGGGAGGUGCUGUCGCGCCAGACGCGCAACAACAUUCUCGCCGAGAACUCGGGCCCGCCGCGGUACCGCCUCAUCGCGGUCGUGUACCACCACGGCAAGAACGCCAGCGGUGGGCAUUACACGGUCGAUGUGCGCCGGCAAGACGGGCGGGAGUGGAUCCGCAUCGACGAUACCGUCAUCCGGCGGGUGCGGGACGAGGACGUGGCCGAGGGCGGCGCUGAGGAGGAGGCGGGCAAGGCGGACGGGCGGAGGGACGCGAGCAGUGCUGCGGCCGGGAACCGCUUCCUCGGCAUCAGCGACGAGGACGCGGGCGACGACGAUGGCUGGAAGCAAGCAGCCGGCGGCAAGAAGUGGAGCAGCGUCGUCAACGGGUCGGCGCCGAAGGCCGUCAACGGACAGAAAGCCAAGCAGCAGCACCAGGAGAGCAUGAAGGAGAACAAGGUGGCCUAUCUGCUGUUUUACCAGCGGAUCUGACGAGCUAUGCGCUGUUUGGUCAACAGCGGCAACCUUGAUGUUCCGGCCUGGCUGCGCGGGGCGCCCGAGAGAAUGGGAUACAGCAUCUUCAGGAUAUAUCCUCAUGGGAACAUCGGGACUGGGCGGUCGGUGUCGGUGCAGGUGCAGGAGGCGCUGCCGAUGAAGCACGCCACC